GAAUUGUGGAUGGGAAAACAUAAAUUUAAAUCUCUAGUUACUCCUUGCUUUACUGUCUGGGAAAUUCACUGUGAAAUUACUUUGCUUUAUAGGCUGGAGCGUUGGAUUUGUUGAAGGAGCUUAAGAACAUUCCCAUGACCCUGGAGUUACUACAGUCCACAAGAAUCGGAAUGUCAGUAAAUGCUAUUCGCAAGCAGAGCACAGAUGAAGAAGUUACAUCUUUAGCAAAGUCCCUCAUCAAAUCCUGGAAAAAGUUAUUAGAUGGACCAUCAACAGAUAAAGAUCCUGAAGAAAAGAAAAAAGAUACUGCAAUUACAUCGCAGAAUAGCCCUGAAGCAAGAGAAGAAAGCUCCAGCGGCAAUGGAAGCAGCAGGAAGGACGAGCCGCACGCUCGAGACACGUACGUGUCCUCCUUCCCUCGGGCCCCGGGCACCUCUGACUCCGUGCGGUUAAAGUGCAGGGAGAUGCUUGCUGCAGCUCUCCGGACGGGAGAUGAUUACAUCGCUAUUGGAGCUGAUGAGGAAGAAUUAGGAUCUCAGAUUGAGGAAGCUAUAUAUCAAGAAAUACGGAAUACGGACAUGAAAUACAAAAAUAGAGUACGAAGUAGAAUAUCGAAUCUUAAGGAUGCUAAGAAUCCAAAUUUAAGGAAGAACGUGCUAUGUGGGAAUAUUCCUCCGGACCUAUUUGCUAGAAUGACGGCAGAGGAAAUGGCUAGUGACGAACUCAAGGAGAUGCGGAAAAACCUGACCAAAGAGGCCAUCAGAGAGCACCAGAUGGCCAAGACGGGGGGGACGCAGACGGACCUGUUCACGUGCGGCAAGUGCAAGAAGAAGAACUGCACCUACACGCAGGUCCAGACGCGGAGUGCCGAUGAGCCCAUGACGACGUUCGUUGUCUGCAACGAGUGUGGAAAUCGAUGGAAGUUCUGUUGAGUUGGAAGAAUUGGCGAAAUGUCUGGACCAUUAAGAAAAUGGAUUUUGUAAUUAGCUUUAAGACUAGGCCAACCAACUAGUUUUCCUGCAAAUCAGAUUUUUAAAGUAACAUAUAUCCCUUGGGUUAGUCAUGUUUUCGACAUAGCAUCCCUUCCUUAAAUGCCUUCUGUAGUUUCGGACCAGUAGGAAGACCACAUUAUAAUUGUAUGGUACCUGUUUCAAAACAUUUUUUUUCAUUUUUAUAAGUAAGUUGAUAUUAAACUUUUGGCAGUUUAUUUUUACCUUUUUUUUCUUCUUAAAGGAAAGUGUACCUUAACUUUUUUACAAUCUGAAACAUACGCAGUAGCAAUGUUAUUCUUCUCAGUUGAUACACAAAUGGAAAUUACAUUUUUUUCCCAUAUUGGCAUGUACCUGCAAAUAUUAAAGAGGAGAAGAGGUAAUAUAAUUAUAAGUUUAUCAGAUGUGGUGUGUAUUCAAAUAAUACUUGACCAGCUUAUCUAAAUUGUACAUAAUAUUUGAACUAGCAUAUUAAAUUGAUUUUACUUAUUAUGUACACAAGUCUGGGAUAAUUAGAUAUUAUUUUGCAUUUGUAACUAACUGUGAUCUUCACUUCUUGUAAUUUCUUGUACAUGUUUAUUACUUGUUCUUAAUAGAUUUUACGUUUGGAAACAUGACUUUGUUGAAAUGAGUUUUGUUUAUUGUUUAUUUGCUUGUUUGACUUUGUAGUGCAUUUUAGUUUUGUGGAACACUGUUGCCGUCUUAGUAGGCUUUUCAUAAAUCCCAGCACAGGCCAAGAAGGAAAGCUUUCUACCAUUUUUUCCCCUUGUAGAAAGACAUACUGGGAAGAAGAAGUUAGCGUUUUAGGAGAGUGUAGUUACUGUGAACAGUUCCUGACUUGACUUUAAUUUGGAGAUCCAUGCUGACCAAGGACUUGAAGGUUUAUAGAAGUCACUACAGCUGUGGUCCUUCUGCGUGGAAAGGGUGGGGCACAUUUCUGUCUUGACUCUAAUUUGCUGGCUCUCUUUCUGUUGCAUAAGAAGGAGGUUGUGGAACGAGCAGGUCUGUGGGCUGUGACACGGCUCGUUUACCGUGAGGACCUCACAGUUAAGUGUGUGCCAUCUAUUUUGUUAAGAGUAAGAGAAGAUGAUUUUCACGUGGGUUUCUCGGUGGGCUUGCUGUAGCACGUCUUCAGGCCACUGGUGCCACGCCCAUGCUUCAUGCUGCUCCAUCUGCGUGCAUCAGACACCGUAGGGAGACCUCAGCAUGUGCUGGGCGCCCCCCCCAUCGCUCACUGCAGCUCCCUUCGAUGUCAGUGCAGAUUAAGACCCCUGUGUGAGAACUGGCCCACUGGCACCGGCCCAUCUCUGCUCUGUCAGAUCACAGAGUAACUUGUCAUUUGAAAAGUAAAGUACCUUUUUGAAAGAAUAAGUUUAAGAAGAAUAAAAUUAAAGUAGCUCCACUUUUAAAUAAAGUGAUCCAUUUUUAAAUUUGUAAUUCAAUAAAGUUUCUUGUUACUAAACAUGUA